UCAAAAAUACACUUCCAAUAACUUAAUUUAGUAAAAAUAAUGUCGCUACAAAUAAAUAUAAAAAAACUGUCUAGGUACGAGUUGGAGUGGCGCAUUAAAGAUUGUAAAUCAAUAAAAGAGCGUGAUAAAAGCAAAAGUAGUCGAUGCCAGUAGCUAAGUCGGAGUAGGCCUUCUGAAUUUUGUACAACACACACAGAUACAAUUUGUCUGUGGUAAUAAAAAUAUUGAAAAGAAAUGUCAAAUUUGAAAUUUGUCAAAAAACUUGGCAUCUGAAGCCAAAAUUUGCGUGAUACUUUGUUUCAUAAAAAGGAAUCUAUUUUAUAGAAUAAAUUAAAUUGACCAAACUGUAUACAGUUGCACCGUAAAAUACUUAUUACCAAUAUGGCAGGUAACUUUUGGCAAAGUUCUCACCACCAGCAAUGGAUAUUAGACAAGCAGGACCUUAUUCGCGAUCGCCAGCACGACCUGGGCAUUCUCUCGGAGGAGGAGUAUCAGAAAAUAUUCAACUUCUUCGCCAGCAUCAUCCAGGUGCUGGGAGAGCAGCUGAAGCUACGCCAACAAGUCAUCGCCACCGCCACCGUAUACUUCAAAAGAUUCUACGCAAGAAAUUCGUUAAAAUGUAUAGACCCUCUACUGCUAGCACCAACUUGCGUAUUUCUAGCGUCUAAAGUUGAAGAAUUUGGCGUGAUAUCAAACUCUCGGCUUAUAACGACAUGUCAGACUGUGAUCAAGAACAAAUUCAGCUAUGCAUAUGGACAGCAGGAGUUUCCCUACAGAACAAACCAUAUAUUGGAGUGUGAAUUUUAUUUAUUAGAGAAUCUGGAUUGUUGUCUGAUUGUUUACCAGCCGUACCGGCCGCUGCUGCUGUUUGUUCAAGACAUUGGGCAGGAUGAGAACAACAAUCUACUGACAUACUCAUGGAGAAUCAUCAAUGACUCCCUGAGGACAGAUGUCAGCUUGUUGUUUCCUCCAUAUCAGAUUGCAAUAGCUGCUAUGCACAUAGCCUGUGUGAUGCUAGGAAGAGAAAACCAUAAACCAUGGUUUGCUGAACUUAAUGUAGACAUGGAUAAGAUACAAGAAAUAGUAAGAGCCAUCAUCAACCUGUAUGAGAUGUGGAAGAGCUAUGAUGAGAAAAAGGAAAUUCAGGGUCUCCUUGGCAAAAUGCCUAAGCCAAAACCAGCACCGCAAAGAUAGGAUCCCGCCGACGCAGGUUGCUCCAAUCAUUUGCAAUAACCCAUGCAGAGCUGUCCCAAGAUGGGGCAUGCAUGUGGGACAAAUGAAGUGUCGGAGAGUGAACUAGUUUACAAAACUAUUAGCAAAGACAUUUAAGUGCCAACAUACUAUGUUACAAAAUAAUGUCCUAAGUAUUAUAGUAGUGUAUGGAGAAUAAGAUAAAUGAUGUAACAAAAUAUCAUUAAACUUAAGAUAUAACUGCUAAAGUGUUCUAUGGAUAAGACUAUGUAUACUGCUAUUAUUACAAGAUGCUAUUUAUUAAACACGGGAGUAGCUCUGCUGGUAUGAUUGAGAUAUAACAGAAUAAUAAUAUGCGCUACAUAAAUAUUUUGUUAGUUUAUUUUAAAGGAGCAGUUGAGACGCAGUUAAGCGAGCAGAUCAUUCCUGGUGCUUGAUCAGCCUGAGGUUCUAAUUCAGUAAGAGGGGCAGUAGGUCCUUGCUCUUGAUUGGCUGUAAGAAAUCUGUUUUAUGACCUAUUGUCUGUGACAAUGAACUGAAUAAAUUAUUAAUGAAAUUAGAUUAAAUAAAGAACCUGAGUAAUAGUUAUCCCACCUUGUAUACUAACUAAUGGGGAGUAGAUUAGUCCUUCCUUGUAAGUAGGUAUGUAUUUAAAUAAUCGUAGAACACAACAUUAUAGUGAUUUGGUAGGAGCACCAAAAAUGAGAAAGAAUCAUUUAAAAAUUUUCGUUUUCAUAAAAUUAACUGAAUAUACAAGAAAUAUUAGUAGGUAUAGGUACCCUACUAAAAGGUUUUUGUAAAAUAAUUAGUUAUAAGCUAUGUGUGGUGUAUAAAAUUUCAAUAUAAAAAAUCCACUGCAAUCUCAUAAUUAAACUAGUAUUUUUUUAAAACAACUUUAUCAGAAUGGAGUGCUUGUUGCGUAUUCUAAAUCAUUAGUUAGGUUGGAUAUGUCUGAACGAAGAAGCAAUGUACCUACUUUCACAUACUGAGAGCAUAACCAAAUGAAUCAUUAAUAAACAUUUUGUAAUGAGCA